GGCACAGAGGGAGCAGAAGCCAUUUUUCUAUCAUUCAAGCCAAGUUGUGCGGACUGAGCGGAGCGGAGGUGCAGCUGCUUCUUGUUCGGACCUGAGUGAGUGUGUUUGCCCCUUACGAGAGCGGCUCUGACCGGCCAAGGUUACUGAGGGACCCCCUCCUCUUCCACCCCACCGGAGUGAGCGCAGAGAGCAUGGCUCUUCCUCAACAAAGGGAAACUGGCCGCCGGUGGAAAGUUUAAAGAAACGAGGAGCUGCAGAGUUGCGCGCUGUCGGACUGGAAACUGAGUAGCGAUGCACUUCGUAAGGUGGGAGCUGCGGCUCAUGCUGUGGUGUUGUGAACUGGUUUCGCUGGCGUGGUGUUACACCGUUCACAUCAGUGGGGAUGAGGGAGUGAGGACAGCGGUGGCCGGCGAGGAGCGUGGCGCACGGUGCGCUUUGGAUCAGGUUCUCGCUCCUGCAUUCGCGCAGCGCUUCCUGGAGACGGACGCCGCGGCGGGCAUCGUGUUCCUAUCGCACACGAUACAAUGUCGCUCGCUGCCUCUAAACCCCUUUACUUUAUACAUAGUUGAGGACUGCUCGGACUCCGGACACAGGCACCUCCUCACCAGUCAAUACGACGUGCAUGUUCACGGCAGGAAUUGUUCCCAUAAGCGUAAGAGGAAAUCUGAGUGGGACAUGGAAGUCCUGAGUUUGUUCGGCGGCAGCGGCUUAAAGUGCCACCGAGCACACUCUGCUUUAUUUCCAGUGGGAGGUCUGCUGCCUGGCCCCCCGCUCCGCUGCAAGGUCCCCUACAGCCGGGAGUUUUACUUCUCACAGGGGGGUCUGUUUGUGUCUGAGACGCGGUGCUGGAGGCAGGACAGGCUACUGGAGCUUGACAUGCUCUGUGAUGUACUCACGGGAAAGGGACUAAUUGUUAAACCCAUCUCCAUCCACUGGCGAUUGGGUCAAGGUCCGUUCAGCCAGCCACGCUUACAGAAGCUCUUAGAGAAGGCAACUCAGUCUGAUUCAGGGAUUGUGAGCAGGAAGAGGAGAAGCAUCAACAGCAGCCCCCAGUUUAAGCCCCCAAUGUACCAAGUGUCAGUAGCAGAGAAUAAGCCAGCUGGGACUCAGGUUGUUGUCCUGAAGGCUGUGGAUAUGGAUGAGGGGGAGGCAGGCAGGCUGGAGUAUUUUAUUGAGGCUCUCUUCGACAGCCGCUCUAAUAAUCUUUUCGCUGUGGACCCAGUUAGUGGUGCUGUAUCAACAGUUAAGGUGCUUGACAGGGAAACAAAGGACACCCAUGUGUUUCGUGUGACAGCUGUUGACCAUGGCACACCUCGACGUACAGCCAUGGCGACCCUCACCGUCACAAUCAGUGACACCAAUGAUCACAAUCCUGUGUUUGAGCAGCAGGACUAUAAAGAAAGCAUCAGGGAGAACUUAGAGAUUGGCUACGAGGUGUUGACCGUGAGGGCCACAGAUGGGGAUGCACCUGUUAACGGCAACAUCCUAUAUAAUGUCCUCAACAGUAAUGGGUCUAAUGAGGUUUUUGAGAUAGAUUCCAGAUCUGGGGUCAUCCGUACCAAAGGUCUAGUAGACAGAGAGGAGGUGGAGGCCUAUAUGCUGUUAGUGGAGGCAAACGAUCAGGGUCAUGACCCAGGGCCCCGCAGUGCGACAGCUACCGUUUACAUUGUGGUAGAGGAUGAUAACGAUAAUGCCCCUCAGUUCAGUGAGAAACGCUACGUGGUCCAGGUGCCAGAGGAUAUGACCCCAAACACAGAGAUCCUGCAGGUCACCGCCACAGAUCAGGACAGGGGGAGCAACGCUGUAGUUCACUUCAGCAUCAUGAGUGGAAACACCCGGGGGCAGUUUUAUAUUGAUGCUCAGACGGGCAAAAUGGACCUGGUGAGUCAUCUGGAUUACGAAGCCAACAAAGAGUACACCCUGAGAAUUAGGGCUCAGGACGGAGGCCGUCCCCCGCUGUCCAACAUCAGCGGCGUGGUCACAGUACAGGUGCUGGACAUAAAUGACAAUGCCCCCAUCUUUGUCAGCACGCCGUUCCAGGCCACCGUGCUGGAAAACGUUCCUCUGGGUUACUCCAUCAUUCACAUUCAAGCUGUAGAUGCGGACUCUGGAGAAAACUCCAGGUUGGAGUAUCGCCUCACAGAAACUACACCAAACUUUCCCUUCGCCAUCAACAACAGUACGGGAUGGAUUGUAGUGGCAGCAGAACUAGACAGGGAGAGUGUUGAUUUCUACAACUUUGGAGUGGAGGCCCGCGAUCACGGCUACCCUGUCAUGUCCUCGUCCGCCAGCAUCAGCAUGACGAUCCUUGAUGUCAAUGACAAUAACCCGGAGUUCACUCAGAAGGCAUAUUACAUGCGUCUGAAUGAGGAUGCAGCUGUGGGGACCAGCGUGGUGACGGUAUCAGCUGUGGACCAGGACAUCAACAGCGUGGUGACUUAUCAAAUAUCCAGUGGAAACACUCGCAACAGAUUCUCCAUCACGAGUCAGAGUGGGGGAGGGCUCAUUACGCUCGCACUACCUUUGGACUACAAACUAGAACGCCAAUACACCCUUACAGUCACUGCAAGCGACGGCACUCUCUUUGACACAGCCAAGGUUUUUGUGAAUGUCACAGACGCCAACACACACCGCCCUGUGUUUCAAAGUUCACACUAUACGGUCAACAUCAAUGAGGACAGACCUGUGGGCACCACUGUGGUUGUGAUAAGUGCCACCGAUGAAGACACAGGCGAGAAUGCACGCAUUACCUACAUUAUGGAUGACAGCAUCCCUCAGUUUGACAUCAACCCUGACACCGGAGCUGUCACCACACAGAUGGAGCUGGACUACGAGGACCAGGUCUCUUACACCCUGGCCAUCACUGCUCGGGACAACGGUAUCCCACAAAAAUCCGACACAACCUACCUGGAGAUACUGGUGAACGACGUCAACGACAACUCCCCCCGCUUCCUGAGGGACCACUACAUGGGUUCGGUGAUGGAGGAUGUGCCCGUGUUUACCAGCGUGGUGCAGGUUUCUGCCAUCGACAAAGACUCUGGACUCAACGGACGUGUUUUCUACACCUUCCAGGGCGGGGAGGAUGGAGAUGGGGACUUUAUAAUUGAAUCCACCUCUGGUAUUGUUCGCACGCUGCGCAGAUUAGACAGAGAAAAUGUGCCAGUCUACAGCCUGCAGGCCUUUGCUGUAGAUAAAGGUGUUCCUGCUCUGAAAACAGCAGUAAAUAUUCAAGUAACAAUCCUGGAUGUUAAUGAUAACCCUCCUGUGUUUGAAAGAGACGAGUUUGACAUCAUGGUGGAAGAGAACAGCCCCAUAGGCCUUGUGGUUGCACACAUAUCAGCUACAGACCCAGAUGAAGGCAGCAAUGCACAGAUUAUGUAUCAGAUAGUGGAGGGAAACAUCCCAGAGGUAUUUCAGCUGGAUAUCUUCUCUGGAGAACUCACUUCAUUAAUAGACCUGGACUAUGAGCUGCUGUCCGAGUAUGUCAUUGUGGUCCAGGCCACCUCAGCCCCCCUGGUCAGCCGGGCCACAGUCCACAUCAAACUCAUAGACAAGAAUGACAACAUGCCAGUGCUAAAAAACUUCCAGAUCAUCUUUAACAACUAUGUGACAGACACAUCCAGCAGCUUCCCCACUGGAGUGAUUGGACGCAUCCCUGCCCUUGACCCCGAUGUCUCUGAUCAGCUCAACUACAGCUUCGAGGUGGGGAAUGAGCUGAACCUGGUGCUACUGAACCAAAGCACGGGGGAGAUCCAGCUGAGCCAAGCCCUGGAUAACAACCGGCCCCUGGAGGCCUCCAUGAGGAUCUCAGUGUCAGAUGGGAUCCACUCUGUAUCAGCUCAGUGCCUUCUCCAGGUCACCAUCAUCACCGACGAGAUGUUGUCCAACAGCAUCACAUUACGUCUGGCCAACACUUCCCAGGAGCACUUCCUGUCCCUGCUGCUCUCCCAGUUUCUGGACGGCGUGGCCCGCGUCCUUUCUGCUGCGCCUGAAGAUGUCGUCAUCUUCAACAUCCAAGAUGACACGGAUGUCAGCGCACGCAUCCUCAACGUCAGCUUGUCCGUGGCCGUUCCCGUGUUCGGAGAGGGACAGCAGCGUUCUGGAGGCAUUGGGAGGAGCAGGCCUGAAAGAGGACUCCAAAGCGGGGAGUAUUUUGGCUCAGAGGAGCUCCAGGAGAGGCUCUAUUUGAACCGUAGCCUCCUGGCACAAAUCUCCUCCCAGGAGGUGCUUCCCUUCGAUGACAACAUCUGCCUGCGUGAGCCAUGCGAGAACUAUAUGAAGUGUGUGUCGGUGCUAAAAUUCAACAGCCUGGCACCAUUCGUGACCUCCGACACCAUCCUGUUCAGACCCAUUCACCCCAUCGCCGGGCUGCGCUGCCGCUGUCCCACCGGCUUUACAGGAGACUACUGCGAGACUGAGAUCGAUCUCUGCUACUCUAAACCGUGUGGAGCGCACGGAUUGUGCCGCAGCAGAGAAGGGGGCUUCACCUGUGAGUGCUUCGAAGACUUUACAGGAGAGCGCUGCCAGCUGUCAUCCCGUUCAGGCCGCUGUGCUCCAGGGGUCUGCAAGAAUGGAGGCACCUGCGUGAACCUGCUGGUCGGCGGCUUCAAGUGCGAGUGUCUGCCAGGCGGCUAUGAGAGACCUUACUGCGAGAUGACCAUUCGCAACUUCCCUCCGAACUCCUUCCUCACCUUUAAGGGCCUCCACCAGCGCUUUCACUUCACCCUCUCUCUCACAUUCGCCACUAAAGAGCGAAACGGUUUGCUGCUGUACAACGGCCGCUUCAACGAGAAACAUGACUUCAUCGCCAUGGAAAUCAUCAGCGAGCAGAUACAGCUCACCUUCUCUGCAGGAGAAACCCAGACCACAGUUUCCCCGUUUAUCCUGGGAGGCGUCAGCGAUGGUCAGUGGCAUAUGGUGGAGGUUCAUUACUACAACAAGCCGAUCCUAAACCAGGCCGGUCUGCCUCAGGGCCCCUCAGACCAGAAAGUGGUGGUAGUGACGGUGGACAACUGUGACACUUCUGUGGCGCUGAGAUUCGGUCACAUGAUUGGAAACUACUCAUGCUCGGCCCAGGGAAGUCAGUCUGGAUCCAAAAAAUCUCUUGACCUGACCGGACCCCUGCUCCUAGGAGGAGUCCCCAAACUCCCAGAGGAUUUUCCCGUGCGGAACCAGCAGUUUGUGGGAUGCAUGAAGAACCUGCGUAUUGACAACCAGCACGUGGACAUGGCAAGCUACAUUGCCAACAAUGGCACCCUGCCAGGAUGCUCUGCCAAGAGAUAUUUCUGCAACAAUAACCCGUGUCUGAACGGAGGGACAUGUGUGAACCUGUGGGGCUCUUUCAGCUGCGACUGUCCGCUUGGAUUUGGAGGACAGAACUGUGGGAGAGUCAUGGGCAACCCGCUGCGUUUCCAGGGUAAUAGCCUGCUGCAGUGGAACAACCUGGAGGCGAUGGUAGCCUCCGUCCUCUGGCACGUCGAGCUCAUGUUCCGCACCCGUCAGUCUAGCUCCGUGCUUCUUCACAUCUCCUCAGGCAUGCAGCACAACCUCACUCUGCAGCUGCGUGGGGGGAGCAUGUUGAUGGGGCUGCACAGGGGGGAGGACUCCACUCUGUCACGGGUGGAGGAAGUGUUGGUGAACGAUGGAGACUGGCAUCAUCUGCAGCUGGAUAUAAGCAGUAUGGGAGGAGCUGCGAGCAACCAUAAGGCCGUGCUGUCAUUAGAUCAGGGACUCUACCUGGCAAGUAUGGAGGUGGACGGAAAGCUGCGGGAGUCCAAGCUGAAGACUGUCAGUGUUGGUGGUUUGGCAAUGCCUGAUGGGAAAAUUCAGCACGGCUUCCGUGGUUGCAUACAGGGUCUGCGUGUCGGUGGGGCCCUGAGUUUGUCUGUGGCGAAGAAGGUGAACGUAGAACCGGGUUGCAGCGUGCCAGACCCCUGCAGCUCCAACCCCUGUCCUGCCAACAGCUUCUGCAGCGAUGACUGGGACAGCUUUUCAUGCAUCUGCCUCAGCGGUUUCUAUGGCACCAACUGCACGGACGUGUGCUCACUGAACCCCUGUGAACACGCUGCUACGUGCACCUGGAAGCCAAGCUCCUCCCAUGGCUACACCUGCGACUGUCCCAGGAACUAUUUCGGCCGAUAUUGCGAGAAAAAGACUGACUUGCCAUGCCCAAGAGGCUGGUGGGGUCAUAAGACCUGCGGGCCCUGCAACUGUCCCACAGACCGAGGUUUUGAUUCUGACUGCAACAAGACCAGCGGGGAGUGCCGCUGUAAGGACAACCACUACCGUCCCGAGGGCAGUGACACCUGCCUGCUGUGCGACUGCUACCCUGUCGGCUCGUUCUCCAGAGCCUGCGACAGGGAGAGCGGCCAGUGUCAUUGCAAGCCUGGCGUCAUCGGGCGUCAGUGUGAUCGCUGUGACAACCCGUUUGCUGAAGUUUCUGCCAAUGGCUGUGAAGUAAUCUAUGACAGCUGCCCUCAGGCCAUCGAGGCUGGGAUAUGGUGGCCCAGGACUAAGUUUGGUCUCCCUGCAGCCGUUCCCUGUCCCAGGGGGAGUGUUGGCACAGCCAUCCGGCACUGUGACGAGCACAAGGGCUGGCUUCCUCCCAACCUCUUUAGCUGCACCUCUGUCACCUUCAGCAAGCUCAAAGCCUUGUCAGAAAAGUUGUACCGUAACACAUCGCUCCUUGAUUCUGGACACGUUCAGCAGACCGCCGCCCUGCUGGCCAACGCCACCGCGCACACGGAGACGUUCUACGGCAGCGACGUUAAAGUGGGGUACCGCCUCACCCAGAUCCUGCUGCAGCACGAGAUCAACCAGCAGGGCUUCAACCUCACAGCUACACAGGAUGUUCACUUCACUGAGAACGUGGUCACAGUGGGCAGCACCAUCCUGGCCCCAGAAACAAAGACGCACUGGGAGCUGAUCCAGCACACGGAGGGCGGCACGGCGGCGCUGCUGCGACACUUCGAGGAAUAUGCAAACACACUGGCUCAGAACAUGAGGAAGACCUACCUGAGCCCCUUCACCAUCGUCACACCUAACAUAGUCAUCUCCGUGGACCGCCUGAAAAAGAUUAACUUUGCUGGAGCUAAACUGCCAAGAUACCAGUCCCUGAGGGGCCCGCGUCCUGCAGACCAGGAGACGGCCGUCACACUCCCCGAUUCGGUGUUCCUACCACCCCUGGACAGCAAGGGCCACAGACAUCUGGACGUUUUCCCAGAGUCCUCACAGAGGAACGGCUCGGCUAACAGGAAGAGGCGGCACCCAGAUGACAGCCAGCAGGACGCCGUUGCCAGUGUGAUCAUCUUCCACAGCCUGGCCUCGCUUCUACCUGAGAGCUACGAUCCAGACAAGAGGAGUCUGCGCGUGCCAAAGCGUCCAGUCAUCAACACGCCGGUGGUCAGCAUCACGGUGCACGACAACGAUGAGCUGCUACAGCAUACGCUGGACAAACCCAUCACCGUGCAGUUCCGCCUGGUCACCACCGAGGAGCGCUCUAAACCCAUCUGUGUGUUCUGGAACCACACCAUACUAGCCGGAAGCGGUGGCUGGUCCGCCAAAGGCUGCGAGGUAGUUUUCAGGAACAGCACCCACAUCAGCUGUCAGUGUUAUCACAUGACCAGCUUCGCUGUGCUGAUGGACGUCUCCAGGAGGGAGAACGGAGAGAUCCUGCCCAUCAAAAUCCUGACGUGGAGCACAGCGGGUGUGACGCUGGGCUUCCUCUUCCUCACCUCAGUCUUCCUCCUGUCCCUGAGAGCCAUGCAGUGCAACAAGACGAGUAUAAUCAACAAUGGAGCCACCGCUCUCUUUCUGUCUGAGCUCAUCUUCAUCCUAGGGAUCAACCAGGCUGACAACCCGUUUCUCUGCACAGUCAUUGCCAUCCUGCUGCACUUCUUCUACCUCUGCUCCUUCUCCUGGCUCUUCCUGGAAGGGCUGCACAUCUACCGCAUGAUCAGCGAAGUCCGAGACAUCAACUAUGGACCCAUGAGGUUCUACUACCUCAUCGGUUGGGGGGUCCCUGCCUUCAUCACAGGUUUGGCAGUGGGAUUGGACCCUGAAGGUUACGGCAACCCCGACUUCUGCUGGCUGUCCAUGUACGACACGCUGAUCUGGAGCUUCGCUGGACCCAUCGCCCUGGUGGUGUCGAUGAACAUCUUCCUCUACAUCCUGUCGUCCAGAGCCUCUUGCUCACUGAGACACCACAGCAUUGAGAAGAAAGAGCCCCGGGUCUCGGGCCUGAAAACUACCGGCGGUGUCCUUUUCCUGGUUUCCAUCACAUGUUUCCUGGCACUUCUCUCCGUCAACAGUGACAUGAUCAUCUUCCACUACCUGUUUGCAGGCUUCAGCUGUGUGCAGGGUCCGUUUGUAUUCUUUUUCCGCAUCGUCUUCAAUAAGGAAGCGAGGAAGGCCAUGAAAUACUGCUGCAGCAGAAAGCGCCCGGAUCACAUGACCAAGUCUAAGGCUUCUAGCUACAAAUGCAACACAAACUACAUGGAUGGAAGGUUGUACCACCUCCCUUUUGGAGACUCCAGCGUAUCUUUGAAUGGCACCAUGCAGAGCGGAAAGAGCCAGCAGAGCUAUGUGCCGUUUGCCCUACGGGAGGAUGGACUGAACAAUAGCCAGGCUCACAUCGCUCUAAACAACCAGGCGUCACUCUUCCAUGAAACGAAGCAGCAGCUGGACGGUAUUGUCUUUGAUUCUGCUCACCAACACAGGUUUUGUCCCCAGACUUCACCUAACCCUCUAUCCGUCCACACAGAAGAUCAUGACAGCGACUCAGACAGCGAUCUGUCCCUGGAGGAUGACCAGAGUGGAUCCUACACCUCCACGCACUCCUCUGACAGCGAGGAUGAGGAGGGUCCACUCCCACCAGAGGAAUGCUGGGAAAACCUGGCGUCUAACGGGACAAAGAGACCCCAACCGCAUGACAAUGGUUUAGGUAAGAUGCACUGGCCUGUGGAUUACACAGCAGCAGUGGGUGACAGCGAGCUCACAGGUGGAGAAGGAUCAAAGAUGGACAGUCCAGAAUCAGCCCAACCAGUUCUGAGCCGUAAUGUGCGCUCGUUGUCAGACGACAGGUCGCAGGACAGCAUGACGGUACUGCUGCCUAUCUUUCCAAACGUCAGCACCCACCCUCACAGAGGAAUCCUAAAGAAGAAGCAGCUUUCUCCCAUCGUGGAAAGGAACAGUCUCCAUCACGUCCUCAGUGAACCUUGUGAAGGAACUCCUGGCACGGCGUCUCCGCAGGGAUCCUCCUCCAGCGAAACCCGAGCCGGUCCACCUAAACCCGGCUUGCCCGAGCAGCUGAACGGCGUGGCUCUGAGCAUCAAGGCGGGAACGGUGGACGGUGACUCAUCAGGAUCAGAGUCAUAGAGCCUCCCUCCUCUUCACACAAGGAGCCCCAGACUCCACUCUGAACUCGAUGAGGAGGAAACAAGACCUGCUCUUUGUCAUCAUAAUGCUCUGAAGGAGUGAGUGUGAGCUCAUACGUGCGAGCCAAACUUCAGGAGUCACAGCACACUGAUAAAACAAGCCUCCCUUUAAAGAAAUUUUGUUUACAUACUUGAAGAAAUGCACUUUUUUUUUUAUUUGCUGUCCAGAUUUGUUGAUGGUCAACCUUUUUUUUAAUUGUUUUUUGUUUUAAUUCCUGGAUAUGAAUACUGUUUUGAAGACUGCGUUUGGGUGGGUUAUGUAGCUGUAGACUCAAACAUUCAGGGAUACCUCCUUUUUUGACAUUUGCUAACUGUUUUGUGGUGUUCCUCUGGUUGCUGUGUGAGCUGCCCGUCUCUGUGCCUGCUCCAGGAGGUUAGACUUUGGCUAAUGAGUCAGAGGAAAAGUAAAACGACGGACGACAUUGGGACGUUUAUACUUUAUGUGCUGAUGGAUGACAAACUGAACCUAAAAACAGGAGAAAUAAUCAACCGGUUUAACCAGAAAAUUAUAUACUCUGUAUUUAAAAAAAACACAAUCUUCUAUUUUUCUGUCUGUCAGAGAUUAAAUCAGACUAAACAUUUCAUGUUUCAGGUCAGUCAGUAUCACAAGCAAUAUUUAUAUUUGUUGAAUUUCAGAAGUGUUUUUUUAAAACUUUCUUUGAGUUCAGACGUUCACAUGAUUUUUCAUAGUAUUUGAUUUAAUAAACUGUUUAAUAUUUUGGGUAUUCCUCCACAAGCUUUUAACAAUAGUUUGCUGGAACUUUAUCGCGUUCCUCCUGACAGACCUGCUGUAACCGAGUCUGGUUAGUAGACUGCCUUUUCAGCUCUGUCAGGGCUUUGUAAUGGCCACUCCAAAACCUUGACUUUAAGCCAACUUCUGACUAAAUCAGUGAUUAGGGUCAUUAUCUGUUUGGAGAACUGAUUUGUGCUUAAGCUUUAACUUCCUGGCUAACUUUUUCCUUAUUGCCCCCUCCGUACUUUGCUUAACCUGUUUUCCUCCAAAUGUAACAAUGACCAUUAUGGCCAAUCUUAGUUUCAUCUGACCAGAGGACAUGUCUCCUAAAAUUCAGCUCUUUGUCCCUGAGUACCUUCUAUUCUGCUUUUAGAGUAAUGGCUUCCUCGUUUCUCUUUGGGCAAUAAUGCUCUCUUACCAGCUUCAGUUGGCAUCUUCUCAAGAGCUUUUGCUCUUGUUUUGGUGACCAAUACACCCGUUUUACACCAAAACACGUUUAUAUCUUCUUAAUGAACACCAUUCACAUGGCAUUCAUGGUUAUUGCCUCCAUGCUACUCAAAUAUUCAUCAUCUGGGCUUUCUCGAAUUGUUUAAAGCAUUAUUUAUUGUGUAUAUAAACAUCUGAGUUUGAAGAAAGCGAUACAAAAAAAUUCUCCUUCUCUCAAUUUUCUGGAAUCUAGGAAAUAGAAAUAUUUUUAAUAAUCUAAACUGACCCAAAACAGGAAAAGUUUAGUCUGAUUAAAUGCCAGACAGUGAGGAAAAUAAGGUAAUCUGUCUUAAUAUACAGUGUACGUAAAUAUGGGGUUUCAACUGUAAAUGCUCCACAAGCUACGUCUCGACAUUUGACAGUUUGCCGAAUCUGCACGAGUAGAAGAAUUAAAAGACGUUUAAUACAUCUUCUGUUUGUUUGUAUAAAGCACUGGGAGCUUGUUUUUCCAGAUUUUGUCAAUAUAUAUGAGGGAUGAACAUGUUUGAGUUCAGUGACUAAAUGGCUGUAUUUUAUAGACUAGAGACAAAACUACGACUUUUUGUAAAAAAAACAAAUACAUGAGCUGUAAUCCAUUCUCCUGUACAGAGUGGCCUGUAAAUGAAUCGAGAACAUAUCUUUAAAUGUAUUUAGAAAUGCUCUGAAGCAAAUAUCUGAACUACUGCUGUUGUUGCCAUUUUUUUACAGACAUAGUCUAAUGUAUAAACUUCAUGCCAUAAAGAGAAACACUGCAGAAUCAGUCGUGGUGUUAUAACACUGAUGUCCAAACAAAGGAUUUGUCUCUUUUAUUUUACCACUUCUGUUUUUACAAAAUAAACUGUUUUUGUAUCA